AUGGUGGCCUGGAACUUUUUCGAUGGAGAAAAGGCAAGAGGCGCGAGCAACACUAAUGCAACGCCGGCCUAUCUGCCGCCUCGCCCCUGGACGCCUGUCAAAGUUGUCAGAUCUUCCGUCACAACUCAGGUCAAUGACAAGAAGGUACGGGUACGUUUAAAAGUGGACAAAAGAUGGGAAGGGAGGGGGGCGUGA